AAAAGGAGUCUUGUGUGUCAUGCAGGCUUGCAAGAAAUUGUGUACAGCAGCCUCCAAAUAUAUGCCAGUCGUCAUUAUCUAUAAACAAACUUAGCAAAAAUAACGUGGUGGCUUCAUUAGAUAAAUCACAGCUUGAUAAUGUUUCACUUUUGCAGAAGUAAAGUCACUUUUCCCUUAAUAUCUGUUAAAGACACUAACUGAUGUAAGAAUGUGAUGUAGCCUUGCUCUAUAUAACACUUUAGCAUAUUAACAUAUGUUAUCCUCAUAUCAUAGUUUUAAUAAUCUUUACACUUACAUAUUUCAAUUUCCAUUUUUCAGUUUUUAUCAGAGUGAUGGAGGCAGGGAAGAAGAUUUUCUUGAUUUCGCUUUCGUUGGCUAUGAUAUUUGGUCUAGUUAAUAGUUUGGAGUUCACUGAAAAAGAUAUUGCAUCUGAAGAAAACUUAUGGGAUUUGUACCAGAAAUGGAGGAGCCAUCACACUGUUUCUCGAGACCUAACCGAGAAACAACAACGUUUCAAUGUGUUCAAGGCGAAUGUGAUGCAUAUUCAUAAUGUCAACAAGAUGGACAGACCUUAUAAGUUGAAACUCAACAAAUUUGCUGAUAUGACAAACCAUGAAUUCAGAAAUUUUUAUAGCUCUAAGAUAAAACACUUCAGAAUGCUUCAUGGUCCCCGCCCUACUACCGGAUUUAUGCACGACAAGGCUGAUAAUCUCCCAGCAUCCGUUGAUUGGAGAAAGAAAGGAGCUGUUACUGGUGUAAAGGAUCAAGGAAAAUGCGGUAGCUGUUGGGCGUUCUCUACGAUAGUUGGAGUUGAGGGAAUAAACAAAAUCAAGACAGGUAAAUUAGUUUCACUGUCUGAACAAGAGCUUGUUGAUUGUGAAAAGGAUAACGAAGGAUGCAACGGAGGACUAAUGGAAAAUGCAUAUGAAUUCAUCAAGAAAAAUGGAGGAAUUACGACUGAGAGGAUAUAUCCUUACAAAGCCAGUGAUAGUCGUUGUGAUUCUUUAAAGAGGAAUUCCCCCGUGGUUAAUAUCGAUGGACAUGAAAUGGUACCUGAAAAAGAUGAGGAUGCUUUGAUGAAAGCUGUUGCUAACCAACCAAUAUCUGUUGCUAUUGAUGCUAGUGGUUCCGAUCUGCAAUUUUACUCUGAGGGAGUGUUCAAUGGAAAUUGUGGCACAGAGCUAGACCAUGGGGUAGCAGUUGUGGGCUAUGGAUCAACUCAUGAUGGGACAAAGUACUGGAUAGUGAAGAACUCCUGGGGGACUGAAUGGGGUGAACAAGGUUAUUUUCGAAUGCAACGAGGCAUCGAUGCUGAAGAGGGACUCUGUGGGAUAACCAUGGAGGCUUCAUAUCCAGUCAAGUUAUCUCCAGACAAUCCCAAACCAGCACCCUCUAAGGAUGAACUCUAGAUUGGCUCGUGUAACGACUCUGCUUCCGCCCGUAGCAAGCUAUAGUAUUUACAAAGAAACUUAGGUAAAAAGCAACACAUAUAUGUAAUCUAUGAGUUAUUUUGUAUUGGUUUGCAUGAAUAAAAUGCUUAGGGUUGCACAUGUUUGUAAGUUGUAGCCUUUAGCUUCUGCUUUCAA